UGUUCCACAAAGCCUACUCGAGUCGAGGACACAAGCUCAAAAGGCAAGCGAAUAGGUGAAGAUUGUGUUGUGUGUGCGCUGGUCAUGCACUUCCAGCUUGGUAAUUCCGCGUUGGGCACAAGCAAUGGACAGCGACACUAGCCUCGUCGGAUGUCUCGUCGAUAGAAUCGCCGCGAGGCUUCCCCAUCGUACUGGGUCCAACUGCCGAGAGCUCGAAAAGGACGAUAUCGUUGUGAGCACCAGGUCAACCCUCAUUGCCAUCAGCGUCAACUGCAUCUCCUCCGUCUUAGAAUCACUAGCCGCCCUCCUCGAAGACCUCGCCCGCAGUCACAAGAGUCAGGCGUCGCACCCCACACACAUCGUUGUAUCGGAAGUCUAUGUUCUGGCUUUAGCGGCCAACUGCUGCAUCACUCACUGGGACGCAGUGAAGACGCAGGGAUCGACCGGGCCGACGAAAUCUUCGGACGCACGGACUAGCUCCUCGUUGCCGACUCCUGGUCCGCUGGCGGAUGGCCUCGUUUCGCGAUACCUGGACAUUAUCGCAUGCUUGUUGGAGCCUAUACCAGACACUUUCCUCUUGUCGCCGAAGACUAUUCUCAACCAAACCACCACGCGGCCCGAUCAAUUCGCGAGUCUCGUUGCUGAGGAGCAACCGUCCAAUCAAUCGGUCGCUACGACCGCGGACUCUCAAGACGGUGACCCGGGAGCACAUGCUGCGACCCUAGAGGACCAGGCGAGGAUAAUAGUCGAGUACUUGACAGCUUCUUCUUGGGACAGCUCUUUCGAGUACUUUAAGAAUGUCAUCUAUGAUAUCCGUACUGCAGGCGCUUCGCAUCAUGGGACCGGACACGGACACGGACAUGGACACGGACAGGGUGUCGUAUCUAGCGAGGAGGACAGGCACGCGUUGGUAGCCCUCAGACUCCUCGCCUUCUUCUGGGUUGACGGGCAGAAACUGGGCUUCGUAAUCAAGGAGCUGUGCUCCAGCUUCUUGCACUUCCGCCGACCCUAUCAGAUAACCAUCGCCGCAGUGGUGCCGGUGUUGAUCACCAACUGGCUAAAUCGCUAUCCGCAGCAGUUCGUACAGCAGCACACACAGCAUAUACGGCUAGACGGCGGGGCCGAUACUCUUUUCGACAUGACACAUGCCAUGGGGGACCAGGGCCGGAGGAAGGGCAUGUCCUUCGCUCUACAGACGACGCUGCUAUUCCUGCUCCCCGAUGUCUUCGAAGUCGCUAGCAAUCUCCGCGAGGCGAAGAGCAGCAGCAUGGCCAAGAAGACGGCCUUUCUAGACACGCUGCGGAAGGCGCUGAGAAACAGGAACGAAGCCGCUGCCUACUCCUUCAUCACCCUGCUGCGUGCUGCUCGCCAUUUUGAUGCGGAAGACGACUCUGCCCUUGUGAGCUUCGCCUUGGACAUACAAGACGAGGUCAAGGACGCCGUUUUCCGACGCUCGCCUCUCAACGCGGAGAGUCCGCUUUUUGAACAGGACCUACUGACAGCAACUUUCGUCAGUCUGGCGCAACUGAAUCUGGACGGCUGUGUCGACGCAUUGGUGGAGUCGUGCCUGACCCCGACGGCGCCCCAUUCUUUCAAAGCUGCCGUGGUGCAAGGCUGCGGCUACCUUGCCCGUCAAAGUGACUCGCAGAGAUACGAGCGGCUUUUUUCUGCUGUCCUACCAUACGUGUUAGAUCAGCUCAAGGUCGCGGCCGGACAGGCGCUGGAGGUGUUAGCACUCGAUACGGGGGCUCAGGAUAGGGACCCCGAAGGCACCAAGAUGAUCUGUCUGAUAUUGGAUUUCCUUGACGCUUCCCCCAAGUCACUCCUCGCGGAGAGAAAUGUCGGCGACGGAAAGACGUCCAGCGGGAUCCCUGGCUCUGAAGCCUUUGAAGCCUUUCUAUCACUGAUCCUAUCCACCAAUGCUACAAUAAGGACACAUGCUUCCCCCGUAACGAAGCGGCUAUUCUCGGAACCGUGGGUGCUCGAGGAGCUCAGAUCUCGAGGCUUAUUGAAGUCUCGGGCAAUCAGGAAUAAGUUUUGGAGCCGGAGUUGCCGAGUCCUUUCGCUUCUGUGCGAUCGUGUCAUAUCGGGCGGGGGCAGCAUGGCCGUUCGGGAAGUUUACGAGUAUCUCAGUACUCGGGUCGCCUUGUUCUCAUGCCUGCCAGAACUUGCCGAGGUUCCCGACAUACCCGAGCUCGCAACAGUUGCGUCCAAAUACGAGACGACUCUGCUUGUCGCAUUAUGCUCCCCUGACAUCGAGACGUGCCAGAUGGUCACCUCCUUGAUCGCCAGGUCCAUUGAAGCGAGUCCCCCGGAUGCGCGUCGUGCGGAGGCUGGCAAGGUCCUGGCUCCCCUAUACCGAAACCAGGGUAUAUUUGAUGAACUUGCCUCCACCACAUUUCGAUUCACGGGGCUGGUUGCUUUCCAAAAGAGAAUGCGCGGUCUUCUGAGAGGUUUACAGCACCCGACGGCUGGCAUACUGGCCUCCUGGGACCAUGCCUUUGAACGCUGGCUCCAUCUCUCUCGCGAGGUGUCGAGUGCACCCGUCAACAGCGUCGAAGAGAAGACGUUUGCCGAAUGGAGGAACCAUUCCGGAUUUCUCGCCUCUCUCGGUGGGAUCUGUGUGACAAACCAAGCUGCCUUGCUCGAGGAUCCGACUCUGGGCGGACUGAAAUGGAUUGACAAGCCCUCGGAGAGUCACGAGGAGGCACCCCUUAGUCGCUAUUUGAAGCUCAGCAUUCAACUGCUCGGUUGCGCCAAUAUUCGAGUGAGGGAAACAACCAGAGAGGUCCUUUCCAGUGACAUAUCCGCGGUCCUGUACCAACCUCUAUUUAAAGCACUCGAGGCCGAGCUGGACGUCCUUUUUGAUGGCGUCCUGGCACCGACUGACCAGGCCCACGAUGUCGAGAUCAUAUUUGCCGAGCAAGCCAUUUCACUCCUGCGAGCCCUGGUGGAGCGACUUGAUAGCCCUUCACAUCUCGGCGCGGCGUCUUCGGUGCAUCUGGGGGCUGUGACGUUGAGUUUUGUCAAGUUCAUGGACGGCAUGCCGGAUACUGUGAAUACAUUACGGGUCAAGAUCAAAGUCUGCCAGCUUUGCGAGGUUGUGAACAAGAGGAAGGAAUAUCUCAACCCCAGGGACGAUGUCCGUAUUCGAAACCACCUGCUGGAAUACAUCUUCGGCUGGAUCGUACGCCCCUGGUCUCCUCACGCCGACGUCAAUCCUCAUCCCGCUACCCGGCACGACGAGUUCCAGCGAGUGCAGAAGGAUCUUGACAAGGCCUGCCUGAAAUCCUUGGCGGAGCUUACGUUUCGCCUGCCCUUGCAGCCGGGAGACGGUCAGACCGACGCCAGCACGAGCGAGUUGAAAUCGAAGAUGUUCCACACCUAUUUCAGUCGAUUCCUCUCACUGCUCAACCAUGAGCCCCCCGAGGCUGGGAGAAACGACCACGGCCCGGCCAUCUCGAGCCGUGACGAGGCCAAGUCUUCGUCGGAGCUCGCCAUCACCAUCCUGUCCAACAUAUUGAGCGCCAACAUCGAUGUGGGCCUGAAGCAUUCCCUGAACAUCGGGUACCACCAGAGCAUUGAGAUGAGAACAGCCUUCGUGAGAGUGCUCUGCAACAUCCUGGUCCAGGGGACGGAGUUCAGUAACCUGACGGACUCGGCUGUGAGCGAGAAGUAUGACGAGUUGCUCGAGCUCUUGACCAAAGACAUGACACUAGUAGCUGCCGUGAGCAUCGUGUGUCCGAGCAACGAAGUCGAUGAGCUGUCGGUCUCGUUGCUCACCAUAUUCGAACACCGCAAAAAGAGCUUUGAUCUUCUCGAGACCCUCAUCAAACAGGAAAUCGAAGAAACAGAAAACGAAUCCGAGAUCCUACGUCGUACAUGUGUUGCCACCAAGGUGUUGUCGAUCUACGCCAAAUGGAAGGGACAAGCAUACCUGAAGGCCACUCUUCAAGAGGUGGUUGAGCGAUUGAUGCUUACAUCGAAAGACCUGGGGCUCGAAUUGGAUCCGGGCCGUGUCGGUUCACCAGAUGAACUCCAGAAGAACGCACUCCAGCUGCGGAUUGUGGCCAAGCUCUUUAUUGAUGACAUUUGUGCGUCGUCCGCCAGCAUCCCUUCCUCUUUCCGGAAAAUCUGCAGCAUUAUUUCCACUGCGGUGCUGCCCAGGUUCCCGGAAGCCAAGUAUACUGCUGUUGGGGCAUUUAUUUUCCUUCGCUUUUUCUGCCCGGCUAUCGUCGCACCGGAAGUCGAGGGAUUGCUCGACGCAUCGCCAUCCAGGGAGCUCCGCCGAGGGUUACUCCUGAUCGCCAAAGUCAUCCAAAGCCUAGCGAACAACGUCCUCUUCGGGGCCAAAGAACAUUACAUGUUUCCCUUGAAUGAUUUCCUCACUCAAAACAUCUACCGUGUCACGACGUUUCUACGGGAGAUAUCCGUGCCCCCGGAGAACUUCGAUUAUGGCAGUACCAUGGAAUGUUUCGAUUUCGGUUCUUGCGUCGCCCUUCACCGCUUCCUCUAUGACCACUGGGAUCAUGUCCGACAAAAGCUGGUCACGCAAGAGCGAAGGGACUAUGUUCGGUCUCCGGCAGAGUCAUCACGAGGCCGCUCGCCAGUUCUGGAGCCACUUCGAAACCUCAUUACCAACCUCGGACCUCCCCCGCUGGCCGUGACCUGGAACCGACCACAGGUCUCCGCGAAUCCCCCGUCGCUGUAUUCGAGGUUUCAGGAUUUCAUGCUGCGGAAUGCCUUCCGCGGUACCGAGUCCUUUCUGACAGCUAGGCCCGUCUAUGAUGGGGGCGAGAGCAAGGACUCUUUGCCCAUAAUCUGCAUCAUACUGCGCCAUAUCGAUUCGGACAGCAUUGACUAUGAUACCCUGCUGUUCUGUUUCCUCAAGAUCGCAAGUCGCUUAUGGCACAGGCCGUUCGGCUUGCUCAUCGACGCGACAUGCUAUCAGGCGCAGAAUGAACCCCAAGACAACGUCCUCAAAAAGCUCGAACGGCUCACCCCGAUAGAGCUUUCGCGAAAUAUGUCCAGAAUCUACGUAUAUAACAUGAACAAUGCUUUCACGAAAUGUUUUCGAAGAUUACUCCGUGUCUCGGUCAAGAGCGAGAGCAGUAUCUUCCACCCCAAGAACGUCGAAUAUCACUUGAUAGGGAGUCUCCAGGACCUCCAGACCCAUUUCCACCUCAGUCAGCUGCAUCUUCCAAAGGAAACCAUCAGCGUUGUCACGGAUACCCGGUUUGUCUACCAACCCGUCAGCCGAAUUUCCAAGUUCAGAGGCCAGAUUGAGGUUGUCAUCAAAGUCGGCAACCAGUUCGUCCAAAUCACUACGACCAACAAACAAGAAGUUGCCCCGGGAUAUCGACUCAACACAACCGUGAACGACAUCUACCGGUUGGGAGAGGUGGACGAAGCUCCGACGUCGAUGCAAACGGAGGACGACUCGGCCUUCGGCUUGCGGGUAGACAAUGGCAAGAUGGUCAUGUGCUUCACGAGCCCGAAGAAGAUGGACGUGCUUCAGUCCAUACGGACUGCCAAGGCGAAAUAUGGCAAAGACAAUAGGCUGCCGAAGCCGUACGAGAGACUGAUUCGGCCUCAAGACGUCCCAGGAACACUGCUCAACCUCUCGCUUUCCAACUUAUCCAGCAGUGAUCACGUUUUGAGGAGGGCUUCUUAUAACCUCCUGGGGGCAUUGUGCAAGGCUUUUCGAUUCAGCGCUGCGUCCCGGCUCAUGUGCAUGAUAGAUAUUGCCGUGCCCGUGACCCCUGCACAUUUCAUCGUCAACGUCAGUCAGCAGCUGGCGCGGUCAGAACCGCAGCUGACCUUCGACUUCCUCACCGAAUUCUUUGUUGGAUGGGAUAGCUUCGGCGAUAAACAGAAACCGCUGAGCCUCGCGUACAUGGCACCGUGGCUUCCGGGACUGCGUACUGCUGUUCUCACCAGCGACUCCGACGGGGACAAGGGGAAAGAGAAGAUUGCUUCCCUAUUUCGGAAGCUCAUCGACAUUGCCGUAUCAGACCAGUUCCUGUCAUACACCUUGGAACAGGUCGUCUGGCCGGCCAUCUUCCUUGACGAAACCCUCCUGGAAAUCUUCCUGGACGAGCUCAUGAAAACGGCACUGGACUUCAAUAUGACGGAAGAAGCCCUGGAUGCCCUCUCGUCUGUCGCCUCUAGCAUCAACACCAUCACGGUCCGCGCAAAAAUCAUCUCCCGACUACGAAAGGCGCUCAAUCGGACGUCCCUCCGACCGACCAAGUAUUUGCCCGACAAUGUCGUGUGGCCAGAGAUAUGCAUUCUCCUGCGUUUCUGCGUCUCGCUCUCCUUCGACAACGGCGUGCAGUCGCAACUCUACCUGCCCGAAAUAUUUCACAUCGUCACCAUAUUGGGAAACACGGGUUCGUCGGAUGUCCGGCUCCUCGUGCAUCGCCUCCUUGUCAACACGGUCCACGCCGCAUGUACCUCGUUCGCCCUGGAUGAAUCCAAACUCAACAGACUCCGAUCCACUCUGGAUCUUCUCAGCGAGCCCAGGAGCGAUGUCUUCCUUGCGCCCGCCACCUCCCUCCGAGACACUGCCUCCAUGUCUACCACACAAGAUUCUGGCCCUGUUCUUGCCGCGACAGAGACGCUAGCUUCCUCUCUGUUUGAAGUCUGCACGCUGUGCGCUCCUUCCGUCGACAUCUCCAAUGCGUGGAGGUCGCGGUGGAUGAGCCUAGUGGCCAGCACCGCUUUCCAGAACAACCCGGCAGUGCAGCCGAGGGCGUUCGCAGUCAUGGGCUGCCUUGCUCGGGAAGGGGUGGACGACGACUUGCUGUACCAGGUCCUCGUUGCGCUGCGUAACAGUGUGGGCCGCUUGGGGGACGACGCCAAUAUCGACAUGUUCAUCUCCAUCGUCACGUCUCUGUCGAAGAUGAUGUCGAAGCUGCCCUCGGCGUCAAGGUACGGCCUUCAGCUUUUCUGGCUGGCCAUAUCGCUCGUCCGCCUCGUGCCGCCGGCUCUGUUCAACUGCAGCGCCCAGUUCCUCGAGGCCGUGCUGACCAACAUCAGCACCGUCAAUGGCAUGAAAGGCGAGAGCAUGGCACGCCUGCUCGUGCAGGGCCGAAGUCAGUUGGAAGACGCAGCGUUGCCGCUGGACGACGUUUACGGGAUCCAUUUCACCCACGACAACUUCCACUUUGCCGUCUGUGCCUGCCUAACACGCGGUCUCGUGGAUACCACGACGCGGCCGAGCGCCAUGCGAGUCCUCUCCGCAUUCCUGGAGAUGGUGAAUAGCCCGUCGAACGACGCGGGAAGGCCGUCUCCGAGGAUUGUGUCCUCGCCGUACAUGUCCUUGAUACAGGCGAGGGCCGCUAACGACGAAGAAUUACGGGACGCGCUCUGGCUAGCUGGCAUUAACCCGGCGACGAUUGGACCUGGUCUCAGCUUGCGGCGGAAGGUGCAGGAUCUCGAACAGGUGAAAGACCGGGAUCAUCUCCUGAAUACGGCCCUGGAACUCGUGGACUUUCAAUACCUCGAGGAUGCCAUACAGGUCCGGACUCUGCAGUGGCUCACUUCACUGUCAACGGCACGACCGUCGGUUCUUGUCCCUCUAUGUGGCCCCAUCUCGUCCAUAUUGGAGGACACGCUCUUGCACUGCCAGAAUGCAUCGUCCCUCCAGGCAGCCCACGUCCUCCUUCAAUGUCUCACAUCCAACCCCAGCCUCAAUACCGCGCUCGAGUCGCCAGGGAUGCUCGACGACAUCUUGGAGGAGAUGGGCUUUGGCGGAUUGUGGCGGUCCUGCUCUUUCGAGUCUUCUCAGCAGCAAGACAGGGAAUGCUUCGCCUUGACAGAGAAACUUAUCGAGCUCAUUAUCAUGUGAGGAAGAGAGGAAGCGAGUGGUAGCCUGUGACGUUUAUUCUACGUCGACAGUUCUCCAUCUCUUUGCGCUCUCUGCGUGAAGCAAGGAACGUGGCAAAUCUACCUACAAUGUAAGUGUCUAUUAGGUAUGACACUCGAAGAUCCUCAACGACAUAUCACUAGCAUCUUAGAAAGGGAAAAGAAAAGGGAAAAGAUAAGGGAAAAAUAGGGGGGGCGGGUUUGCCCGGACGAUGUACGGAGGUAGAUUCGACCAGCUUACUCAGCAUUGAAGGACAAGUCCACCAUCCAUCCAUGAGCUAGCUCCAUUAUACCGACCCCGGCAAGGGGUCCAGUGUCCCCGUAAUUAAACAGGGUCUUGAUUUCUGUAGGCCAAGGUACAACGGACGCAUCAUGCAUCAUACGACUCGUCGCAAAUUAUUUAUUCGUCCAA